GCGGCGGGCGCGGCUCGGGGCGCGUGGAUGUGGCGCCGGGCCCGGGCGGCGGCGGGCUCCAGCGGCGGGACCCCUUCGCCCCGCCCGCCUUCGCCUUCGCGCCCCCGGGCGAGGCCGAGGCCGCGGCCGUGAUCGGCCGGGAGCCGGCGGCGGGGGGCGGCCGGGGUCGGGGCCGCGGGCGCCGCCGGGGCGCGCGGGGCGGCGGCGGGGGCCGCGGGGGCCCGGGCGCACGGGAGCGGGAGCGGCCCGGAGAGCCCGAUCGCGCCAUGGAGGCGGCGGCGGGCGGGCGCGGCGGCUUUCAGCCUCACCCGGGGCUGCAGAAGACCCUGGAGCAGUUUCACCUGAGCUCCAUGAGCUCCCUGGGUGGCCCGGCUGCCUUCUCGGCGCGCUGGGCGCAAGAGGCCUACAAGAAGGAGAGCGCCAAGGAUGCGGGCGCGGCCUCAGUGCCUGCGCCGGUGCCUGCGACCACCGAGCCGCCGCCCGUGCUGCACCUGCCCGCCAUCCAGCCUCCGCCGCCGGUGCUGCCCGGGCCCUUCUUCAUGCCGUCCGACCGCUCCACAGAGCGCUGCGAGACAGUGCUGGAGGGCGAGACCAUCUCGUGCUUCGUGGUGGGCGGUGAGAAGCGCCUGUGCCUGCCGCAGAUUCUCAACUCGGUGCUGCGCGACUUCUCGCUGCAGCAGAUCAACUCGGUGUGCGACGAGCUGCACAUUUACUGCUCGCGCUGCACGGCCGACCAGCUGGAGAUCCUCAAAGUCAUGGGCAUCCUUCCCUUCUCCGCGCCCUCAUGCGGGCUCAUCACCAAGACGGACGCGGAGCGCCUGUGCAACGCGCUGCUCUACGGCGGCGCCUACCCUCCGCCCUGCAAGAAGGAGCUGGCCGCCAGCCUGGCUCUGGGCCUGGAGCUCAGCGAACGCAGCGUUCGCGUGUACCACGAGUGCUUCGGCAAGUGCAAGGGGCUGCUGGUGCCCGAGCUGUACAGCAGCCCCAGCGCAGCCUGUAUCCAGUGCCUCGAUUGCCGCCUCAUGUACCCGCCGCACAAGUUCGUGGUGCACUCGCACAAAGCCUUGGAGAACCGGACCUGCCACUGGGGUUUCGACUCAGCCAACUGGCGGGCCUACAUCCUGCUGAGCCAGGACUACACGGGCAAGGAGGAGCAGGCCCGCCUUGGCCGUUGCCUGGACGACGUGAAGGAGAAGUUUGACUACGGCAACAAGUACAAGCGACGGGUGCCCCGGGUCUCCUCUGAAGCCCCAGCCUCCAUAAGACCCAAAACAGACGAUGCCUCUUCCCAGUCCCCUGCGUCUUCCGAGAAGGACAAGCAGUCCAGCUGGCUUCGGACCUUGGCCAGUUCCUCCAAUAAGAGCCUGGGCUGCGUCCACCCUCGCCAGCGCCUCUCUGCUUUCCGACCCUGGUCCCCCGCAGUUUCAUCCAGUGAAAAGGAAAUUUCUCCACACCUCCCAGCCCUGAUCCGAGACAGCUUUUACUCCUACAAGAGCUUCGAAACAGCAGGGGCUCCCAAUGUGGCCCUCGCCCCGCCAGCCCAGCAGAAAGUGGUAAACAGCCCGCCAUGUAGCACCGUGGUCUCCCGAGCCCCGGAGCCUCUUCCCACUUGUAUCCAGCCCCGGAAGCGGAAGCUGACUGCAGAUGCUCCUGGGGCCCCGGAGAUACUGGUACCGGUAGCUGCUGCAGAAGAGGACAAGGACUCAGAGGCUGAGGUCGAAGUGGAGAGCAGAGAGGAAUUCACCUCCUCCUUGUCCUCGCUGUCCUCACCAUCCUUCACGUCAUCCAGCUCUGCCAAGGACCUGAGCUCCCCAGGUGUGCACGCCCCCCCCAUGGCUGUCCCAGAUGCCACAGCCCACGCAGAUGCUCCGAGUGGGCUGGAGGCAGAGCUGGAGCACCUGCGGCAGGCCCUGGAGGGUGGCCUGGACACCAAGGAAGCCAAAGAGAAAUUUCUGCACGAAGUGGUCAAGAUGCGCGUAAAGCAGGAGGAGAAGUUGAAUGCUGCCCUGCAGGCCAAGCGCAGCCUCCACCAGGAGCUGGAGUUUCUGCGAGUGGCCAAGAAGGAGAAGCUGCGGGAAGCCACAGAGGCCAAGCGCAGCCUGCGGAAGGAAAUCGAGCGCCUCCGAGCUGAGAACGAGAAGAAAAUGAAGGAGGCCAACGAGUCCCGGGUGCGCCUGAAGCGGGAGCUGGAGCAGGCGCGGCAGGUCCGGGUGUGUGACAAGGGCUGUGAGGCCGGCCGCCUGCGUGCCAAGUACUCGGCCCAGAUUGAGGACCUGCAGGUGAAGCUGCAGCACGCAGAGGCUGACCGUGAGCAGCUGCGGGCAGACCUGUUGCGGGAGCGUGAGGCACGCGAGCACCUGGAGAAGGUGGUGAAGGAGCUGCAGGAGCAGCUGUGGCCACGGUCGCGCCCUGAGAAUGCCAGCGGCGGUGGGGGCGGCGAGGGCGCCCCGGAGCUGGAGCCCUAGCCUGAGCUGCCCCCGCUGGGCACGACCACGCCGGGCGCAGAGAGCAGCGGGCAGGCGCGGGCUUCUGCAGGCCCGGCCAGCGCCUCUGCGCCACCCAGCACAACGUCUCUCCUGUGCCUAUUACCAAGCGAGUGUUUGUAACCGCACACCUUCGGGAUCCACUGCAAAAGUUUCUACUGGCCAGGUUCCAGCGGGCAGGCCGCGUCCCGGGCUGCAGAGAGGCCAGUCCGGGCCCUCUGCUCGCCAGGCGCUCUAACAUUUACACUUUUGUUAUAAGCUAUUUAAAACCAGUAGGGAGACUUGAUAUUCAGAAAACCAACACAUUUUUUAUGACUAACUUUCCAAACCCCACACGGAACGCCAUCUGGAGACCCACUGCGGCGGGGCGAGCCACCCUCCCGCCCCAGAAGCCAUCGCGCUCAUCUGUGCCCGCGGCUGCCAGAGGACAGCAAGAGUUUUUCUUCAGAGUCUAUUUUUUCAGCGACGAGGACCUGGAUCUUCCUGCUGCUGCCAGGAAGAGCAGGGAGAGCGCCGCGAGCGAGAUGAGCCCAACACUGCCCGCCUUACUGCCGCCCGUCCGCCCACGCCGCCGCCCCACAGGCCCCAGGAAGGCAGAGCCACCAGGAGCCGGCGGCGCGGCCCCCAGCCAGCGAGGUGCUGCCCUGCGCAGGGCGUGCGGGGGCCUGCGGUGGGCACUGCCUCUGCCCCCGGGAGCACGCCGCCUGCUCAGUCUGCAGCGUCGCUUUUGGCCGAGGCUGCAGCAUUGGAACAAAACACAGCAUUACUAUUACUUUUUUUGUUUGUUCAUUUAAACGUAUAUUUAGAACUGCACUUUGUCAAAAAGUUUCCCUUCUCUUUUUACUCCCCAGUUAACUGAGGUUUUUACAGAUUUCUAGAGCAGUUCAAACCCUCUGUGCUUGAGUGCUUAGAAUCCCCUCUGGUGCUUGGUUGAACAAGGGAAUCACAAGGAAACGAAAUGCAGAACCGAACUUGAGGCUCGUCCUGUGCCUUCCAGCAUCUUGUACAGAAACCCCAGCUCCUGUCUUCUGACCCCAGUACCGUCUUCAGUAGCAAUGGUAUCUGCCACUGUCAGAGGAGUUACUUGCAUUUAUUCCAAAUAAUCUCGUUUACUCUCAACUGUUUAUGCAAAUUAUAUAAGGUUUUUAUGCCCAAGCUUGAAAAAUUACUUCCCAGUAGACAAGAGGCACCUCCCACCCUGAAAUCGUGGUAUUACUUCACGUGAGAACGCACAGGAGCUCUUUGCCCAGGUCCCGUCCGACACCGUGGCAGCCGGGCGCUGAGGGGGUGGAGAUGGCUGGUGCAGGUACACACGACCUCGGAAUUGUUAAUUGCCGGCAGCCGCAGGCAGCGACCAGAGACUGCCGAACCCUGAAGUUCGGGUGACAGGAUCGUCUACAGGGUUCUGCCCUCGGUUUACUGAGGGGGGCUCGGUUGCUGCCGGGACACCCCCCUUCCUGAAGUGCAAUGCAAAAGGGACAUCAUGUAUAUGCAGCAUUUAUUUGGAGUUUUUCUUUCUUUUUCUUUUGCAGUUAUGAAACCUGUAUGCAUGGGAUUUCACACCUCUGCCAUAGCAGACCCCCCCAUGGGCAUUAUUACCGUGUCUUGUAAAGGGUCAGUUUUGUUACGCAACACGCAGAGCGCUGUUCUCAGCCUUGUUUUUCCAGACUUGUGUGUUUCAGUCAUUUCUUCAAGGGAAACUAAACGAUCUAGUUUGAGCAAAGCUUUAAGUGUUGGCGUGCUUCUGUGUGACGUCCUUGUCGCCAGGCCUGCAGGUGGCAGUGUGUCGGUCCCGCUGGAGUUUGGCUCCAUCUGGCGAGGGCCCUCGCCCUGCCCCUGCUGCCGUGGCACGCGGGUGUCCUUGCCCUGGGCUGUCUACGGUGGCCACUCCCUGGACACACCAGCUGGCCUCAGGGUGGCUUUGGGUCCCCUGAGUUUGUGGCCGCCCCUCUGGGGUGGCAGCACCAGGGCAAGCACCCCCUCCAGCAGCCAGGCACGGGGCCCCAGGCAGCUCUGCUCCUCCCGCCUCCCACCCUGGUCUUGGUCCUGGGGAGGCUGGAGGGGCGCUGGGGCGUCCCCUCUCCCCCCCGGCUGCACCCACGAGGCAGCUGCAGUUCCAUUUCUUCGCAGGCGGGAGGACAGCCCCCCGUAUCGCCGUGGUUGUGUAUUCAGCCUAAGCACUCAUCGUUUCUACACUGAAAGAAGAUUUUAACGAAGGGAAAAAACAACAGCAAUAACACAUCUGUGGAGCAGCUAACCCGUCACGACUCCUGCGUCCCGUACAGAACUAGCCAGUGUAAAACAGCUAACGUGUAAAUACUUUUUCACUUCACACUGUUGUAUUAUACAUGUAUAUGGUGGCUCCUUUUUCAAAAACUUUUCUUACGUGGUAGUUGUCUUGUUUUUUGGGCUGUUUUAACUGAGGAGGAAAACAGCUUGCUGCCAGGCGGAGCAGCCGGCUGGGCCAGGCUUCUCCAGCCCAGCCUCGUCCCGCCCGCUGCCCGCCAGUCCCCGCCCUGCCUCCCGCCACACCUGGGCAGAGGGGCACCUCAUGCUCUGCGUCAGGAGUCUCAAGUGACAUUUUUUUCAAUUAAAGGAAAAUCCCCAUUUCCAGCCUUGACACGCUCCAGAGGCCCCCCCUCGUUCUCCGCUGCUGCUAAUGACCAUAUGACAGCUUACUCUGCUACUCGAGAGCUAUUUUUAUGUAAUUACUGUAUGCUUUCUUGUUUAUAAAUGCCUGAUUUUAAAAAGGAAACAAGAAAA